UGGAGGAGUCGGGCAGCAUCUAGUUGUCCAAGGGGACAAGAAGAUAGGCUGAAAACAGAAACUAUCCCAAACCAUAAAGCAGCACAGGUGAAGGCGCACACGCAGAGAGGCCUGCCUUCCAUACCUGAGCCCCAGCCUUCUCUAACCUCCAACACCCUGGACGACGGAUCCCUCACAUCCUCUAGGCCCGGCCUGCGCAUGUUUAGCGUGGUGAGGUUGGGGGGGGUGUCCGGUUGGGAGGAGGAUAGGAUUCCUGUUUCCUGCCCCUACUCACUCAGCCCUAGGAGGUGACUGGGAGUGGAGGAACUGAGGGGGGAUGACUUCCUCAGAACACCUCACUCCUUGGAAACACUCGGAAGACGAUGUCAGCCCAGUCUCUUCCUGCAGCAACGCCCCCUACCCUGAAGCCCCCUCGGAUCAUCCGCCCCCGGCCCCCUUCUCGCCAUAGGGCUCCACACUCUCCCGGGCCUCCCCACAAUGGCUCCUCUCCGAAAGCGCUUCCUCACGUUUCCAACGACGCCUCCGCGCCCAUGUGCGCCUCCAUCUUCUGGGAGCCGCCCACGGCCUCCCUGAAGCCCCCUGCCCUUCUGCCCCCCUCAGUCUCGAGAGCCAGCCUGGACUCUCAGACAUCCCCCGACUCACCUUCCAGCACGCCCAGCCCCAGCCCAGUGUCCAGGCGCUCCACGUCCCCAGAACCAGCUCCCUGCUCCCCUGCGCCCCCACCCAAGCCCUCGGGGUCUCCCGGAACACCUCUGCCCUCGCCCCCCAUGCCUCUCCAGGAUGGCUCUGCCUCAGCCCCUGGCACGGUUCGCAGACUGGCCGGCAAGUUUGAAUGGGGCCCUGAAGGCAAGGCCCAGUCCUCAGACUCUCUGGAGCGCUGCUCCCAAGGGAGCACGGAUGUGAACGGAGAGAGAGAGACUCCCCAAGCCGUCCUUUCGGGGACUGGGUCGCAGGAGAACGGCAGUCCCGAUGCUGCCCUGGCCUGCCCUGCAUGCUGCCCCUGUGUCUGCCAUGUAGCAAAGCCCGGGCUGGAGCUCCGAUGGGUGCCUGUGGGGGGCCCUGAUGACAUGCUCAGGGUCCCGUGCCGGGCAUCGCCUCUUCGGGCCUCCCGCUCCCGCAUCAACCCUUCGGUCAUCAGCCACCCUCCCGUGGUCCUCACAUCCUACCGCUCCACGGCGGAGCGCAAACUCCUACCUCCCCUAAAGCCCCCCAAGCCAGCUCGAGUGAGACAGGAUACCAGCCCCUCUGGGGAGCCUCCACAGCCAGACCUGGAACUGCCUCCGGAAGAUGGAAUCCAAGCAGGGGACAGACAUAAAGACGCACCCCAGAAUGCUCUUCCUGCAACCUUGGAGAAAAGUGCCGGGGAAGGGCUGGAGGGGCUGAAGGAGCAGCAGUGGGAGCUGCCGCUGCAGGAUGAACCUUUAUACCAGACCUACCGCGCGGCCGUGCUGUCCGAGGAGCUGUGGGGUGUGGGUGAGGACGGGGGUCCCUCUCCAGCUAACCCCGGAGAAGCUCCCACCUUCUCCAGGCUCCCUGGACCUCGAAACACCCUGUGGCAGGAGCUCCCGGCUGUGCGAGCCAGUGGGCUAUUAGAGAGCUUGAGCCCCCAGGAGAGGCGCCUGCAGGAGAGCCUGUUCGAGGUGGUGACGUCAGAAGCCUCCUACCUGCGCUCCCUGAGGCUGCUGACUGACACCUUCGUCCUGAGCCAGGCUCUCCGGGACACACUCACUCCUCGAGACCACCACACGCUUUUCUCCAAUGUGCAGCGAGUCCAGGCUGUCAGUGAGCGGUUUCUGGGAACAUUACUGUCUCGAGUCCGCUCUUCCCCACACAUCACUGACCUGUGUGACGUGGUGCACACCCAUGCGGUUGGGCCUUUCUCCGUGUAUGUGGAUUAUGUCCGGAACCAGCAGUAUCAGGAAGAGACCUACAGCCGCCUUAUGGAUACGAACGUGCGCUUCUCUGCGGAGCUGCGGAGGCUGCAGAGCCUCCCCAAGUGUGAGCGGCUCCCGCUGCCGUCCUUCCUGCUGCUGCCCUUCCAGCGCAUCACCCGGCUCCGGAUGCUGCUACAGAAUAUCCUAAGCCAGACAGAGGAGGGGUCCAGUCGGCAGGAGAACGCCCAGAAGGCCCUGAGUGCUGUGAGCAAGAUCAUCGAGCGCUGCAGUGCUGAGGUGGGGCGCAUGAAGCAGACCGAGGAGCUGAUCCGGCUCACCCAGAGGCUGCGCUUCCACAAAGUCAAGGCGCUACCCCUGGUCUCCUGGUCAAGGCGCCUGGAAUUGCAGGGGGAGCUGACAGAGCUGGGGUGUCGCCGGGGCGGUGUGCUCUUCACCUCCCGCCCCCGCUUCACCCCCCUCUGCCUGCUGCUCUUCAGUGACCUGCUGCUUAUCACUCAACCCAAGAGUGGGCAGCGGCUGCAGGUUCUGGACUAUGCCCAUCGCUCCCUGGUGCAGGCCCAGCAGGUUCCGGACCCAUCUGGACCUCCUACAUUCCGCCUCUCGCUUCUCAGCAACCACCAGGGCCGCCCCACCCACAGGCUACUCCAGGCAGCCUCGCUGUCAGACAUGCAGCGCUGGCUGGGGGCCUUUCCCACCCCAGGUCCUCUUCCCUGUUCCCCAGACACCAUCUACGAGGACUGUGAGUGUUCCCAGGAGCUAUGUUCAGAGCCAUCUACACCUUCUAAGACCGAGGGGCAAAGUCUGGAGUCGAAGGGCCCCCGCAAGCAUCUGCACAAGAACCCUGAAGGUUGGCUUAAGGGGCUUCCUGGAGCCUUCCCUGCCCAACUGGUGUGUGAAGUCACAGGAGAACAUGAAAGGAGAAAGCAUCUUCGCCAGCAUCAGAAGCUCCUCGAGGCUGUGGGACCCUCCUCAGGCACUGCUGAUACCCCUCAGCCCUAAUGCAGGGAGGGGCACAGAUUGGGACACUGGCAGCAGCAAGGGAAAGCAAAGUCUGCCCAUCCAUCUGUCCAUCCGUCCACCCAUCCAUCGAUCCACCUACCUGCUCGCUGUCAGUGGAAACACUACCUCUAGUGGCAACCAAUAGGGAUAGAGCUUCCGGACAGAGCAGCUCAUGAAACAAGGCCAUCUGAGCCACGACAGGAAAGAAAGAAUGAGGAUGGCUUGACUGUGUUGCCAAAGGAGACAGAGGCUAAGUACAGAGCAGCCAAGGCUGAGGCGCUGGCCAUUAAGCAUCACUGAAGUUCACAACCAAGGAAGAUGGAGCCAGGGCAAUACAUUGAGAAGUGGCAUCAUUGAAGUGGUCCUGUAGCCAAAGGGAUGGACAGGGACCCAUCCAGCCAAAGAAGAUGGGGAUUUGGGCCCAGGAGACCAGUACUCACCCGACUUGGUUUCACAGAAGCCACUGAUCCUAUUCUUUGAGUACAGGAAGUAUCAAAUUAAUCUGAUGCUUCUGUUUCUGGGCUGUUUCCUAUGUCUUUUCAAAGCGCUUCCUUCUAGAAGAAUCCAGAGUGUAUCUCAGAGGACAUGUGUAUGUGUAUAUAGGAAGGCAGCAGCGCUGAGUGUGGCAUGCGUGUGCGCGUGUGUGUGCGUGUGUGUGCGUGUACAAGAGGGAAAGAGCGCUGCUCCUGUCGGUGACUGAAAACUUAAUUUCUUUUUUCAUCUUAUAUUUUUCUCCCAAGAAGACAUUUGUCCUGUGUUCUACAAGAGUACAGAGUGUAGCUUGCCUGGAGGUUAGGGCUGUGAAUGGAGGCUGUGUGUUCCGGAUGUCUUGUCUCUCUCUGGGUUCCAUGACAGUUGAAGGGUGAUGUUAUGAAGCAGCCAGUGGCCUGGCAAGGGAGGCACUGAGCACCUGGGAUGCAAGCUUCUGUGCCACCUGUGGACACACUCCUGUCCCGAAGGUUGACCUUCUUUUAUCAUGAAGGUCAACAUUAUAAUGCUCUGCAUUAUCUCCCAGCUUGAAUUGUCAUCAUGGUGUCAGCCAGCCUCAGCCUCAGGCUGCAGAACAAGCUGACCCCAGGCCAGCCAGGACCACCCUGGGCUUCUGUCCUCUCAGAAAUGGAGGGCCAAACUCAGGAGGGAGCUGGUGAGGUUGCCUGGCCUCAACCACAGCUUCUGCUGAGGAGAACCUGUCUCCUGCAUGAUGCUGGAGAGUUGAGGGUGAAGACAGCAGAACAGACAAUUGCUGGGGUGGCAGCCCAGGCCUGGGAAAAGGCUUAGUCUUCACAACUGUGCAAUACUGUCCUAUCAUCUGUGUCAACCUGCCCAGACAAACUGCCAGGAUGACUAUGGGAGUCGUAGUCAUAGACAAUGGGGACAGAAGGCAGAGGGGCACUUGGCAUGUCCACAGCUUCCCUCAGCUAAGUGCCAGCCACAUGGGGAACCCUCAAUAAAUGUUGGUGGCAUCAUACUGAGGCUCUUGAGGGCUUGAAAGAACAGUAAAAAUACGGUUUAAUAAGGGGGAAUUGUUAAAAAAAAUGCAUUUUAGAAAAGAAACACACACACACACACACACUUGAACUGCUCAAUUUCCUUGAAACCACUGAGCAAGAAAAGCAACACUGAAGUGCCACGUUGAUUCUGCGCAGCUUCUACUCAGAUUAGAGACCAAGAGCAAAAGUAAGAGUCUCUCCGAAACUCUGUUUCUGGUAAAGUAAAUGACCUCG